CCACGUCCCCUACAGGGUCCUACAUGGUCCUUCUCUGUCACAGUGUGAAAUAUGUUGCUAAAGUCAAAGCUAACUAAUGUUUUGUUUUUUAAAUCGAGUAUUAAACAUCUUUAUCGACAGUGAUGUAUAAUAGCUUUUAUAAGACCCCGGGUGGCUCCCAGUGUACAUACACCAAACUAAAAGCAGGGGGUCAAGCCAAGGAUUGGAAACCUGCGGGGGGUCAGGCUUGUGGUCCUGCGAUGGAGGAGAAGGCUGAGCGGACCCAGACUACCCACUACAUGGAGCUGGGCAGCUACCAGUACUGGCCAGUCCUGGUUCCCAGGGGGAUACGCCUGUACACCUACGAGCAGAUCCCCGCGUUCCUCCGGGAGAACCCCUACAUCACAGAUGGGUACCGGGCAUACCUGCCCUCCAGACUCUGCAUCAAGAGCCUCUUCAUCCUGUCCAAUGAGACGGUGAACAUGUGGAGCCACCUGCUGGGCUUCCUGCUCUUCUUCCUGCUGGGGGCCUACAACAUGGCUGCCGUGCUGCCGGCUAUCGGAGCGUCCAGGGAAGACUUCGUCAUCUACUGCAUCUGCAUCUUUUGCUUCCAGCUGUGUAUGCUAUGCUCGGUUGGGUACCACGUGUUCUGCUGUCAUCGCUCGGAGAAGACGAGCCGCCGCUGGAUGGCAUUGGACUACGCCGGCUUGUCCAUCGGCAUUCUGGGAUGCUACGUCCCGGGAGUCUUCUACGCUUUCUAUUGCAAUAACUACUGGCGUCAGGUGUACCUGCUGGCAGUCCUCGCCCUCAUGCUGGCCGUGUUCUUCGCCCAGAUCCACCCUCUGUACCUCAGUCAGCCCUGGAGGAAGCUCCGCUCCCUCAUAGUCUGCUCUCUGGCCGCGUACGGCCUCUUACCCACAAUGCACUGGGUCUGGAUCAGUGGAGGCUUCUCCUCUGAGCCCACACAGCUCUUCCUGCCCCGGGUUCUAGGGAUGUACCUACUGGCUGCUCUGGCAUUUCUCUUCUACGUCUCAAAAGUUCCUGAACGCUACUUCCCAGGCCAGCUGAACUACCUGGGCUCCAGCCACCAGGUGUGGCACCUCCUGCUGGUCCUGAUGUUUUACUGGUGGCACCAGACCUGCAACCUCAUCAUGGCCUACAGACACAGCCAGCCCUGCCCCGGAGCCCCCCAGCAGGCCUAGUAUGGUCCUGCCCUGAGCCCCCCCAGCAGGCCUAGUAGGGUCCUGCCCUGAGCCCCAAAACAGGCCGAGUAGGGUCCUGCCUGAGCCCCCCCAACAGGCCUAGUUGGGUCCUGCCCUGAGCCCCCCCAACAGGCCUAGUAGGGUCCUGCCCUGAGCCCCAAAACAGGCCUAGUAGGGUCCUGCCUGAGCCCCCCAGCAGGCCUAGAAUAUUCUGGGUUGGACUGGACUAGACCCAGGACAGUCUGAUUUAUAAGAUAGAAUAGUAUAAAUUCAGAUUAUACUGAUUAUACUGUCUGUUCCUGGCCUAACAUGCUUUUAGACGAGCAAAUCAACGUAGCUCAGCUGCCAAGCCACCAAGUAUUAUUGAUUUGUGCUGAUAAGAACCCUGUGUGUUAUGAUAAUGGUUCGUUUUUAUUAAGUGCCUACUUGUAGCACAUUGAGUCACUCCUGAUCCUGCUAUUGGCCAUCAGUUGGGACCUUGACUAACAGAUCUUGGGUCCAACCGAGGCCCCUUGGAGAGGGCGUUGUAAUGUUAGGACGUUACUCCAUGAAUGUAGUGGUCUGACCCUGGAGCGUCUCCAUCUCAACCAUGUGUUGGGACGCUCGAGUCCAAUAACUGGAGAAUAAAGCACUUUCUUUUUUUAUUUCAAA